AUGGCAUCUUCUAGUUUUCUUGCAGUCUCUUCUCUUUUAGCCUUCGUCCUUUCACUUCUCUUCUUCAAUGGGGUUGUGCCCAUGCAUGCAGCUUCCCCAGACGAUGUCGUUUCCACCAUCUGCAAGAAAACUAGAAACCCUUCUUUUUGCUUUAACGCGUUGAAAUCCGCUGGCACCACAGACCUAAAAGGGCUAGCCACCUUCACCCUCAACCUCGCCCACGACAAGGCUGUUGAAAGCCAUGCCCUUGCCCAGUCCCUGGCGUCCAAGGCAACCGAUCCCAAGCUUAAGGAGCGCUAUUCCACUUGUGCUGAACUCUACGACGAUGCCACCGACGACAUCGAGGAUGGGAAGAGCAACUUGAGGGAAGGUGACUACAAUGGCGUCAACAUUAAGGCGUCCGCAGCCAUGACGGAGGCCGACGACUGUCUAGAUAGCUUCACACAGCCGCCGAAGGACCCAUCGGCACUAUCGGGCAACGGGGAGGCUAUGGAAAAUAUUUGUAGUAUCAUCUUGGUUAUAGCCAAUCUUCUUCUUGGGCGUGCCUAACUCCUUUUUGUUCAACCUUUCCUAUGUAGUACUUGGAAUGCCAUAAAUCAAUAAUGUCUGUUUU